GGUGGAAAAGAUGGAACUCCUCCGACUAUAGAUAAAGUGUUUUUUGAGACACACAAGAGCAAUGGUGAAAUAAAAGAACAAGCAGCAAAAGAAAGACAUGCUGUACUUGUUGAAACACGUGAAGCUAAUCCAGACUUGGAGCCUAUGGAGUUGGUAGAAAUAUGUUAUGGAGAACAAAGACAUGGACAUAUAAUUGGGUUUGGAGGUGGAUUGAGGCCUAAGGAUUUGAAGGGUCCAGAUGCAUUAAGUAGGGCAGAAUUGGCAAGCAAACUAAGGGAAUCAAAUGGAGAGAAGGCAGACCUGGCAGCUGUAAUAGCAGAGCAAGCUAAAGUUAUCUCUGAAAUGAGAGAGAUGAUGGAAAGGAUGAACCAAAGGUCUGGCAGCCCAACAACUAAUCAAAAUGGUCAACCU